CGCGGAAGUACCAACAUGGAGGACGGUAGAGAAGCUUCCACGAAUUCACUUUUGAAAGAUGAGUGUUAUGCUGAUUUCCUGGCAGAGGAAUUUGAUGUGAAGACAUACACGGCUCAGGCCAUUCACCAUGCUGUUAUCGCUGAGCAGCUGGCCAAGCUGGCACAAGGCAUCAGUCAGCUGGACAAGGAGCUACACAGCCAGGUUGUAGCCAGACAUGAAGACUUACUGGCUCAGGCUACUGGGAUAGAGUCUCUCGAAGGGGUCCUUCAGAUGAUGCAGACGAGGAUAAGUGCGCUGCAGGCAGCUGUUGACAGGAUAAGGACAAAGAUUGUUGACCCAUACAACAAGAUUGUGGCAAGGAUCACCCAGCUUGCCAGAUUGCAGGGUGCCUGUGACCUGCUGCGGAGGAUCAUUCGCAUCUUGUACUUGAGCAAGAGGCUCCAGGGCCAGCUGCAGGGAGGCAGCAGGGAGAUCACCAAGGCUGCUCAGAGCCUCAACGAGCUCGACUAUCUGUCACAAGGUGUGGAUCUGAGUGGCAUUGAGGUGAUCGAGAACGACUUGCUGCUGAUCAGCAGAGCCAGGCUAGAGGUGGAGAACCAAGCCAAGAGACUUUUGGAGCAGGGAAUUGAGAUCCAGAAUCCGACCCAGGUUGGCACAGCCCUGCAGGUCUUCUAUAACCUGGGCAGUCUUAGAGAGACCAUCAGCUCUGUAGUGGGGGGUUAUCAGACCAUCAUACAGGACAACAUCACCACCGCUCUUGAUAUCAAGGGCCUGACACAGACAGCCAACCCCAGAGGCGCUCCUGGCAGAGCAGUGCUACCAACACCAGGGAACACAGCAGCUUUCCGUGCUGCUCUGUGGACUAACCUGGAGAAGCUGAUGGACCAGAUCUGUGCUGCAUGCAGACAAGUGCAGCACCUGCAGAAGGUUCUGAUGAAGAAGAGAGACCCUGUCACUCAUGUGUGCUUCAUUGAUGACAUCAUCAAGGAUGGUCAGCCUGAUAUCCUUUACACCUUCUGGAACAAUUUUACUACGACACUUAGUGAAGAGCUUCACAGAGCAACUGAAGCCUCAUCAUUCCUGAAGCAGGCGUUUGAAGGGGAGUAUCCUAAACUGCUGAGACUCUACAAUGAGCUGUGGCGCCGGCUGCAGCAGUACAGCGCCAGUCUACAGGGGGCGUUAACUAGCAGUGGUGGGCUGGAUGUAUCUCUGGACAUCGCCACAAUAGAGACCGACAACCAGGAUCUCUUUACACACGGGAAACAGGACUACAACCCUGAGAAGGCUCUGAAAGACUCUCUACAGGCGUACGAGGCGGCCUACCUUUCCAGAUCUCUCUCUCGUCUCUUUGAUCCCAUCAACUUGGUAUUUCCCAUGGGGGGACGCAACCCACCCUCCAACGAUGAGCUAGACAGCAUUAUCAAGACUGUCAGCAGCGAGCUGAACGUAGCGUCAGUGGAUCCAAACCUCUCUCUCGCUGUGGCCAAGAAUGCUGCCAAGACCGUCCAACUCUUCUGUGUCAAGUCUGAACAGCUGUUGUGUACUCAAGGUGAUGCCAGUCAGGUGAUCGGCCCAUUAACAGAGGGCCAGCGCAGGAACGUUGCUGUAGUCAACACCCUGUACCGUCUGCAGCAGGCUGUUACCAAGAUUAUUUCAGGUUUGGGGUCAUGUCCACAAGCUGCUGCAGAGGCUCUCUCUUCUUCUUUGGAGGGAGUGCAGGCCCUGAUGAGCAGUGCAGUGCAUCCUCUGCUGCAGUCAGUGAGUGACUCCAUCGAGGCCAUCAUUAUCACCUUACACCAAGAAGACUUCUCAGGGCCUCUGUCCAGCCCUGACAGACCAGACGUCCCGUGCUCCCUGUACAUGAAGGAGCUGCAGGGUUUUAUUUCUAGAGUGAUGGCAGAGUAUUUCAGACACUUCCAAUGUGUGGACUUCAUAUUCGAGAGCACGGAGUCCAUCGCCCAGAGAGCCAUCGAGCUGUUCAUCCGCCACGCCAGCCUGCUGCGUCCGCUGGGGGAGGGGGGCAAGAUGAGACUGGCUGCUGACUUUGCACAGAUGGAGAUGGCAGUGGCUCCCCUGUGCAGGAGAGUGUCAGAUUUGGGGAAACCGUACAGAAUGCUGCGCUCCUUCAGGCCACUGCUGUUCCAGACCAGUGAGCUGAUAGCCAGCAGUACAGCUGUAGGUGACCUGAUUCCCUACAGCACCCUGCUGCAUUUCCUCUUCACCAGAGCCCCAUCUGAGCUCAAGUCACCUCACCAGAGAGCAGAGUGGUCCAUCGCUCGAUACUCCCAGUGGCUGGAUGAUCAUCCCUCUGAGAGAGACCGGCUCACCCUCAUCAGGGGCGCUCUGGAGGCCUACGUGCAGUCAGUCAGGGCCCGGCAGGGGAAGGAGUUCGCCCCCAUCUAUCCCAUCAUGCUCCAGCUGUUACAGAGGGCUACCAGCAACUGAAAGAAUAUCACAGCAGCUAGUGUGUGUCUGUGUGUGUGUGUGAGAGAGAGAGAGAGAGCUGGACAUGUGCUACAAAGUAAACCUGACCUUUCAUUUUUGAACAAGUCUGACUGAUGUGGAGAGAAAUUAUUCUGAAUAUUGAUACAUUCAUUCACAGGAACACAAACUUUAGACAGCAGUAAAUGUAAACAAAGAGGCCACAGAGAAACAAGACUGGAUGGAUCUUUGUUCUAACAUGAAAAAGUCGUGAGAAUAAAGGCAUUAUUUACAGGACUUUAAUGUAGUUCUUCAUUAGAAGCACAGGUGGCAGUAUAAACACUAAACAUGGACACUUAGAUGGGCCAUUUCCACUGGUUGGGGGGGGGCCCAUCUAUCAGCGGCUCCCAUGGCUUCCACUCCGACAUCUUCCUGGACAGAGCCAGCUCACACUCGGCCUGCACACAGAAACACUCCAUCACACACAGCAGUCACCUCGUACUCUCAUAUGUCACGAACAACAGUUUAGUUGUUGAGUUGAGACAACUGCAUGCACAUAAAUUAUGUUGAUUAACUUAUAAAAUAUAGCUGAUGUUGCUAUGGCAAUGAUAUCACAAUAUAAGACAAAAAGUGAAGCCGUUAUUAUCGAGGGCACAGAUCCCUCUGCAGUGCAGCCCUAUGGGCUGAAUCUGAAGCAUUGAUUUAUAUACCAACGGCUUCCAGGAUCUACUCAGCAGGACCAAAGCUGAGCAGUCACUGAGGCACGCUGACCCUGACCUACCUGGAAAAUGACCUCUUCAAUCUGACCACAGUUAAUUUUCUUCUCCAGCUUCUCAACAUCGGGCUCCUGUGAACAACACAAGUCCUUUCAGCUUAUCUGAACUCGUCCAUCAUCCACUCGCUCUGCCUGCUCACACACUGACCGUUUUCACGUGGCUGAACCUCUCCUGAACCAGCUGUUCGGUGUACUUCCUGUAGGCAGCAUCCUGCGGCAUGCUCUGCAGGGAUGCCAGGAUCUUUGUGUAGAGAAUCCUGAGACGCUGAGAGGAAGAGCAGAGAUUAAGUAUGCAGUCGAAUAACCUCUGUGUCAGUGACAGCUGCACAGAUUUCUCUGGCUUCAGUAACUACAUGUUAAUAACAAGUGUGAUCUGUGACUACUCCUGUCCAGUGUUGAUCGCCCGCUGCUGCGCCGGGUUCACAUCCUGUUACCCCGGGCUGAGAAUUUCACCAGGUCGCCAUCGGAAGUGUCCGCAAUUAGUGGCCACAACAAUUAGCAUUAGCAAGCAGUCAUCUGAUACACCCAAGGGGGACCCCACACCCCACCUGGUCAGUCUUCCCUACAGGUAGGAGGGAAGACUGAGGGAGACGUGCGCGUGGUGCAUUCACCAUCAGAUGCUCACCUCAUGUGGAUUCUGGGACACUGCCAGGCCGACCAGGCCAGUCGUCUGGAAGAGAGGCAAAAAAAAAAAAAAAA